AAAUGAUCAGUUAUGAAGGUUAAUGGUCAGGCGCGACGGGGCAGCCCUUCUGUAAAUAAAGGGGUCCUCAGAGUAGUUUCCGCUAACAAAGCAGGCUCUAAAAUGUCGGGAGAGGUGUAUCUCCUGUGGCUUCUCUCGCUUUUACAAACGCUGUCGGCGUACAGCGCCGAGCUGUCGUCUGAGGCGUGCAGGGAGCUUGGCUUCUCCAGCAACCUGCUGUGCAGCUCCUGUGACCUGCUCGGGGAGUUCAGCCUCACCAAGCUCCAGCCCGACUGCUGGCAGUGCUGCCAGCAGGAGGCCCAGAUGGAAGCACGCAAGCUCUAUGCCGGGGCCAUCCUCGAGGUGUGUGGAUGAAAACUGGGGAGGUUCCCUCAAGUCCAAGCUUUUGUCAGGAGUGAAAAGCCGAAGAUGUUCAAGGGUCUUCAGAUCAAGUACGUGAGAGGCUCGGAUCCUGUAUUAAAGCUUUUGGACGAUAACGGGAACAUCGCUGAAGAGCUCAGCAUCCUCAAGUGGAACACAGACAGCGUGGAGGAGUUCCUGAGUGAGAAAUUAGACCGGAUAUAGACACAACUUUUUUUGUUUUGUUUUUAGUCUUUAGUUGAAGGGUCAGUUCACCCAAAUUACAAUCCCUCCAGUGGUAUGUAGCGAUGCAGAUGUUUUAUGUGCCAACAAGGUUGAGACAAAUCUGUCUCUGCGAUUUCUUUGUCCACCUUCAGGUAAAUUUUUUUGUGGUGCUCACAGCACUGAAGACAUUUAAAAUAUUCAACAGCAGCUUGUCUUUCCAGAAACUGUGUCCUGGUUACUGUAGAUUAACCAGCUAACACACUAUUCAUUGGAACUACUUUCUACUGAAGAAAUAGUCCCAAUGAAUACUGAGCAACAGAGACACUAUUUCUGGACAGAUUUGUAGCUGUAAAUCAAUUUUUUUGAGCACCACAAACAAAAACACACUGCGGCAGAAAUCUCAAGAGACAGAUCUUCUAAAACUUGAGCAAAUUAAACCAAAACUGUCUGCAUGGCUAGAGACUACUAGGGGCAAGUGAGAAAAUGUUUUUUUUGUAAUUUGGGUGAACCAACCCUUUUAGUUAUUUACCAAUUUGUACACAACUCGGCCUUGAUAGAUGGUUGUUAAAUCAAUGCUCUAUAUGACUGUUUUUGUAUCUGAAAAUCAUCCUUUCUGGAUUUGACCAAAUAACUUAUGUGAGUCUGAAAAGACAUAAUCACAGAGCCCAGACGGGCAGCACAUCCAAAAUAAUGAUCAACAUGACAGAUUAAUCAUGGCUCAAAGUGGGUCCCAUUAGGUUUGGAAAAACGAUACUGUAUAUCAUGACCUGUUUCUUUGUCUACCUGUGGGAUAUUCCAUUCCCCCUCUGUCUGUACGAUAUUCAUGUAUAAUUGUUUUUUUUUUAUAAUGCUCAACAUUGUGACUGAUGGGAUUUCUAGUAAGAAUGAAUCCUAGUUGCUCUCCAAAUGCAGGUGUCUUUGCUGAACACACAUUAGUGAAGACCUCACAGUAAACCAGUGUUGGGAUGUGAGGUCUGAUGUAUAUUUGUGUCUAUCGGCAUCUUCUGCUUCGAAGAGAAACUGGAUUCGUUUUGGAUGCUUGUUUUUGAGCGAGUGAGGUGACCAUUUAAAUAUGCAACAAUAAACAAAGUCUCUGAUGGA